GCCUAGGACAGUUGAAUGCACCUGGUUGCGUCAGCAGACACGCCCCCUCCGUUCAGAAGGACCUUCAUGUUCAGACUCAUGACGCUCUGGCAAGAGAUCCCUGCAGAACUGCGUGACACUGCGUGCACACUCAGGGAAGCAUGAGGAGGUUUUUCAGAGCGCACAGGGAUGAGGACUACAGUCAGAUCCAGUACCUGACCGCAAAGUGCACGCGCCUGGCGCACGACAAAGCAGUUCUGGAUUGCGAGUUCCUGCUGUCCAGAGAGAAGGAGAGGAAGCUGCAGAAUGACCUGGAAGCUGUAACGUCUCGACUCCUGCAGCAGGAGCAUCUAAAUGUGGAGCUGGUGAUGAACCAGGACAAACUGCUGAGCAGGAUCCGGGAGCAGCAGGAACUGCUGAACCUGCUGCAGCAGCAUGUGCUCCAGCUUGAGGAGGAGAGCCGCCGAGACGUGGCGCUGCUACAGGAGGUCGGUGCAGAGCUGCACCAUCUGCAGAGCUCUGAGGUGGAGCUGCAGGCCCUGGUGGAGGAGCUGUUUGUGGAGCUGCAACAGCAAGCGUCUCAGUCAGAGAAGCUGCAGGCAGAGCUGCUCCAGAGGAAGGAGGAGCUGGAGGAGCUGCAUGACACAAACAAAGGUCUGACAGAGGAGCUGAAGGAGCUUCACAGAACGCAUCAGGAGGAAACCAGAGAUCAAAGGACACAAGUGACAGAGCUGCAGCUGCAGGAGACUGCAGAACAGUUCGAGUGGCUCUGCCAGCAGCAGAGAUGCUGGAUGAGCUAUGUGAAGAGGUGGAAGGAAUCUCUAGUGGAGGACAGACAAACUCUACUGCGUCACAUCUGCAAGCUGGAGGAGGAGGCGGAGACUUCCAGGAAGAGUUCCCAUGAUGCAACACAGAGCCUCUCCUGGCCUGUGCAGGACAGCUGUAACAGCUGGUCAUGGGUCUCAGGUGCAGAGGCUGACAUGAUGCAUGAGAAGCUGCUUGAGGAGGCAGACUGACUGAGUUGGUUCUGGUCAGAGCAGAUUCAACCAACCUGAACUUGGAUCUGAACGCAGAAAGUGGCCUAAAGACGGAGAAGCCAGGUCUUCAUCAGAGACAUCACCAUGAAGGUCUUCAUCAGAGAGAGCAUCAUGAAGGUCUUCAUCAGAGAGAGCAUCAUGAAGGUCUUCAUCAGAGA